GCGAGGCCGGCCGGCUGCGCCCGGGUCGCCGCGCCGCGACCCGCACACCCCACGCCGUGCUCGCCGGCUCCCACGCCCCCGCGCCCGCGCCCGAUCCGUGCGCUCCGAAGACCCCCCUCCCCCCGCACCGGGCGGCCGCCGUUGGCGAUGCUGCAAGAAACUUCUUAAAUGACCGCGUCCCGCUGCCCCGCCGAGCGUUUCUGGGUUGGGGAGAGGAAAGGAAAGUGGAAAAAAACUGAGAACUUCCUGAUCCCUCUCGCUGUGAGACAUGUCUGAGACUCCUGCUCAGUGUAGCAUUAAGCAGGAACGAAUUUCAUAUACACCUCCAGAGAGUCCAGUGGCCAGCUACGGGUCCUCAACUCCGCUUCAUGUUCCAGUGCCUCGAGCGCUCAGGAUGGAGGAAGACUCGAUCCACCUGCCAGCGCACCUGCGCUUGCAGCCGAUUUACUGGAGCAGAGAUGACGUAGCCCAGUGGCUCAAGUGGGCGGAAAACGAGUUUUCUUUAAGGCCCAUUGAGAGCAACACGUUUGAAAUGAAUGGCAAGGCGCUCCUGCUGCUGACCAAAGAGGAUUUCCGCUACCGAUCUCCUCAUUCAGGCGAUGUGCUCUAUGAGCUCCUCCAGCACAUUCUGAAGCAGAGGAAACCUCGCAUUCUCUUCUCACCUUUCUUCCACCCUGGGAACUCUAUCCACACGAAGCCGGAGGUCCUGCUGCAUCAGAACCAUGAAGAAGAUAACUGUGUCCAGAGGACGCCCAGGCCACCUGCAGAGAGUGUGCACCACAACCCUCCCACCAUUGAACUCUUACAUCGCCCUAGGUCACCCAUCACCACAAACCACAGGCCUUCUCCUGACCCCGAGCAGCGGCCCCUGAGGUCCCCUCUGGACAACAUGAUCCGCCGCCUCUCGCCAGCUGAGAGGGCCCAGGGGCCAAGGCUCCAGCAGGAAAACAACCACCAGGAGUCCUACCCCUUGUCAGUCUCUCCUAUGGAGAAUAAUCACUGCCCAGCAUCUUCGGAGUCCAACCCGAAGCCCUCCAGCCCCUGGCAGGAGAGCACCCGAGUGAUCCAGCUGAUGCCCAGUCCCAUCAUGCACCCUUUGAUCCUGAACCCCCGGCACUCAGUAGAUUUCAAACAGUCCCGGCUCUCCGAAGAUGGGAUGCAUAGGGAAGGGAAGCCCAUCAAUCUGUCUCAUCGGGAGGACCUGGCUUACAUGAACCACAUCAUGGUCUCCGUGUCCCCGCCUGAAGAGCACGCCAUGCCCAUCGGGAGAAUAGCAGACUGUAGACUGCUUUGGGAUUACGUCUAUCAGUUGCUCUCCGACAGCCGGUACGAAAACUUCAUCCGAUGGGAAGACAAGGAAUCCAAAAUAUUCCGGAUAGUGGAUCCCAACGGACUGGCUCGCCUGUGGGGAAACCAUAAGAACAGAACAAACAUGACCUAUGAGAAAAUGUCCAGAGCCCUGCGCCACUACUACAAGCUAAACAUUAUCAGGAAGGAGCCCGGACAAAGGCUUUUGUUCAGGUUCAUGAAAACCCCAGACGAAAUCAUGAGUGGCCGGACAGACCGUCUAGAGCACCUCGAGUCUCAGGAGCUGGAUGAGCAAGCAUACCAAGAGGACGAGUGCUAAGGACCCACCACGGCCUCACCGGCUGGCCAAGAAGAAACCUGCCCACGGGGACCGCUGGAUGCGUGCUGGAGCAGGCGGACUGGGGAUGGCUAAGAAAGAAGAGGCCCAGGAACGGCAGGAACGCUUCUCUUCCAGACUGAGAGGGACCCAGAGCACCUUAGACAAACCACCCAGCAACGGCGGGGCUGGAAUUCUGGCGGAGGGCACAAGCCUGAGACUCACAUGUCACAUUUGCGUCUCCUUCGGACCUCUUGUCCUUAGCGCCUCACCCUCACCCUGCGGUGUUGUUAGUCUCACGGUGUUUCUGUUUCUGUUUUUGUUUUUGUUUUUUUUUUCCUUUUUUUUUUUUUUUUUAAGAACAUGCAGUUUGACUAUUCAUCGUUCAUACAGGGGAAGACAUCACAUGUUGUUUUCCUAUGGAAAUAUAUCUAUUAUAUAUAUUAUUUUUUAUGCAAAUCUCACAAAGAACGGCCAGCUCAGCUGGUCAGGAAAGAGACUUGCAGAAGGGAUCAGGCUCCUCUUUCUCCCACCACAUGGAUCAGGUUUGUCCUGUUGCAGUUGGGUCUCGGAUGAGAAAAAGAAAAAGAGAGAGAUACUUUCAAAACAAUGAAAGAGAAAGUUCUCUCUGUCUCCCUCCUGCCCCCCUUCUCUCAUUCAUCCUAUCCCCCUCUGCCUUCUCUGCCUGCUGGUUCAUGUCACAUAUCUUUUAGCAGACCUAGCCUCGCUAGCACCUAAGCUAAACAGUGACCCAGCUGUUCCGUGGCCAUCAGCCCACAACCAGACCCCUGAGGCACCCAUCUGAAGGAGAUCAAACACCUCACAAGUGCUGCUGUAUUUCAGAAAGAUCAGUGGAGGUCCGGUUAUAAGAUAGGCCAAAGGCUGGUCCAGUGAUGUGGAAGGCCCUGGCAGUUUGGGAUUAUACUGAACAGAGUGCCACAAAGUGGGAAAUACGAGACGUUCACACAGACCUAGUGGUCCAGGAUCUAGGCAGAGCUGUUCUGCAGUGAGGAACAGGUUGUGCAGGCUGGGGAGAAAGCAGAGCUGUUGGUUUCAUUCCCAAGACUUCUUGCCCUUGUGGGAUUGCUGCCACCCCACUCCAGGCCCUAGCCUUUUGUUGCUUUUCUUUGCUGGUCUUCACUGAACAUAGAACACAGAAGAGAGGAUCCUGGUGUGUAGUGUGCAGACUCGGCCACAGCCGGUAUAUGCACAACCAGCACAGACGGGAAAGUCCUCAUUUCUGCUCCUGUCAUCGCUGUAUUUCGAGAAGACAUAUCUGUGGCUUUUUUCACCUCGACAUAAGGUCGGUAGUAUCUUCUAAGAUGAGGGGAAUGCUUUGCCUUAGGACUUUUGAUAGCAGAGAUUUUUAGACGACUGUUUAGCUUCAAGGGAGAGAUUUGGGUUUUGUUGUUUGGUUGGUUUUUCAAGACAGGGUUUCACUUUGUAGCCCUGGCUGUCCUGGAUCUUGCUUUAUAGACUAGGCUGGCUUCAAACUCCGAGAUCUGUCUGCCUCUGUCUCCUGAGUGCUGGGAUUAAAGGUGUGUACCACCACAUCCAGCUUUUUCCCCUUUUUUAACCAUCCAGAUGAACUCUUUGAACGGCAAUGUUUUUAACCCAGAUGAUGCGGGCUGCCUUAUCAACCACCGCUUGUCUUUCCUUUGUGUCUUCCACACCCUGAGUGAACAUCUCCCUGCCCUCUGUGUGUGUACUCGACCAGAGGCAGUACACUGGUGAAGCUCGCAGAGUGAAACUGCCCUCCAACCAUUUCAAGUGAGGCACAUAGAGGCUAGGAGUAACAUAGAGGCUAGGAGUGCCCAGGCAUUUUCCUCUGGGCCUCACUCGCCAGACAUCAGCUCACAGACAUGCAGAUGGACUGCGGUUCAGAUACUGGAACUGAGUUGAUGGGCUGCUUUAGGCUUGGCUGUGACUCCCGAGUCCCUCCCCCAUCUGCCUUCCAAGAGGUCAGUGAGCUUCUGGGUGAAGGAUUUGGGCUUAGUAUUCAUUCGUGGGUGGAGAUGAGAGCCACAUGCUAUGUUUCUUGACAUAAAGCAGAUGAUACUUUUUUUUUCUUGGCCUCAAAAAUGACUGGUACCUUAUCUCAAGUGGGGAGAUUAAGCCAAAUUCUUAUGUUGUAUGAACCCCUGGGUUGAACUAGAGAGAAAGGGUGGGGUUUUUGGUUUUUGUUUUGACUAAGGUCCUGUGUAUGACUAUGAGAUGAGAGAUUAAGACACCUCAUUCUGGCCACUUUGCCCACGUGCAGAACCCAGUCUCUCACUGUCCAAAGAAUCUUCCAGAUUGUCUGGGGAAGGAAAUUCCCUUGUUCCCUAAGGGCCCUGGAUUAAAAGCAUAUGAAAGUAUGUAAGGCUUGGGAUGGCAGCUUCAGCCGCUUAUGUUAGAAAUGCUCAUUGCAGUGCGGUUGUUAUUUCCCACCCAGUAUUUACAGUAAUGAUUAACGCUGGUUCUCCUAACUGCAAAAGUCCUCAUUUGUUUUUUUGGAAAGAAGACAAGGCCGGAAGGCCGGUGUUGUCACCAGGGGUACAGUGCUCUCUCAGGCUGCAGACUCAGAGGGUUCAGAUUUAGCCAAUCACACCCUGGAGGGAAUGCCACUACGAGGGCUUUGGGGCUUUGUGUGUGUGUGUGUGUGUGUGUGUGUGUGUGUGUGUGUGUGUGUGUGUUUCCAUCCACCAUGAUCUUCUAGCUCAACAUUAAGUUUAAGAGGUGAUGGAACCAAACUAAGAGCUCGUGUAUCAGAUGACUAGGUGGCCUUUCUCUGUGGCUGUCAUGAGUUGGGUCAGGAAAGGAAUUUGCAAGAAAGCCUUGCCAUGUGGAAGAUAGACAUUGUCACUUAGGUCUGUGUCCUUGACUAGGCGGUCUUCAGGUCGCCAUCAGAAGAAAGCAGGGGUUAGAUGUUGACAGUGACUUCUCUCAGAUCUUCUUGAUCCAAAGCAACUUUGGAUCAGUGUCACUAAUGUUCCGUACCCAUUUUUGGUUUUUUUUGUUUGUUUGUUUUCUUAAGGAGAAGGGGCCUUAUAAGAAAAGAACAAAACAAGCUAUAGGCUGUUGGCGGUUUCUCCUUCCCCUCUGACUGAGCAUCUUUCACACUAAUCCCUUGUCCAGAUAAGAAUGUCACUUCAGCUGACAUUAGACGGCUGUGAGAGGACUGAGUGGCCACUCUGCCCCCUCACACUGUCAGGGGCCAACCGUAAGCACAUGUUAGCAUAUCCACUGUUGUUGGCAGAAGAGAACCUGAGAGAGGUCAUGUCACUUACCCUGGGAGCAGAUAGUGUGACAUGAACAGAAUUAGGUCCAGGCUCCAACCUGAGUGUUUAGAAUGCAGCUAGAAAUUAUACCAGUUUAAAGCCCCGUUUGAUCCAUCCCCAGCAGAGAAACUAAAGACGCACAGGGUGGUUUUCACUGCCCAGUCAUUCGGUGCUAGAUGGAGCUCAGCCUGCUCCUCUUAUGAACAGAAACCUAAAUUGAGUGACACAAGAAAGCCAGUGGGGCAGGAGCACAAAGAACCACCCAGGCUCCUGCCCAUCCGCGAGGCACAGAGAACUAACCCAGAAUUCUAUUGGCCCCAUCCGCAUCAACACUAAACAACAGCAAACUCCCAGCCUCUCACCCUCCUCGCAAGUGAACACUCUUCUGAAGAUUUCUCUUUGCGACUGCACCCACCUGCAAGCCAGAUGAAUCUAGAAUGAAUUUUUGUUGUUGUUGUUUAGUUUCUAAUCUCUUGUUUAUGAGGUGUGGGGUUUAUAAGGGACUGAAUCAAAUGAAUGUAACAAAAAAGAAAAAAAAACAAACAAAAAAAUGCCUUUUCUCAGGGCCAGUGAGUUGCAAAUAAUUUUUAAAGAAAAGCCUAUAAUUACA